GUAUCUCGGCAUAGUGUUGUCUAGGCUUGACGACUAUACGAACUCGUGCAAUGCAUAUGCUAGAGCGAUUGAGGAUCCAUCGACUACGGCUAUCAUACAUCUCAACUUCGCCAUUACGGCGUUGAAUCAUGGGGAUCUGGACGAGGCCAAGAAACAUUUCCUCAUUUUCGAUGGGCAAUAUCAUGCUAUCAAGGAGUCGGGCGGAGGAAACGGAGAGUCUCAAUUCCU